GUGCGGGUCUAGCCAGUCGGGGCUGGAGCUAGACUGUCACCGAUCUGGCUUUUGAGCACUCCAAUUUUUUUUAUAAAAGUAGUUAAAGGCAGCUAUUACAAUGACGGGGAUGUAUCCAGAAGAAGAGGAGAUGAUCGAGGAGAGAUCUUGCGGCCGUGCUCAGUUUGGCUGCCUCUGUGGUACUUCCUCCUGCCGCAUGUGUUGCCGUCCAUGCCCCAGUGUGUUUGAGAGCACCUCAACACGGAUGGUCUACAUCUUCUACCUCAUGUUGAGCGUUGGUGUCAUGGCUAUCAUGAUGUCCAAGGAAGUCCAAGAAGAGAUCAUGGAAAUAUUUCCUGACCAUAAGAUAGUGUGUUCCUGGAUUGGGGCAGGUGAUAACUGUGAGGCUGCUCUGGGCUAUGUUGCCGUCUAUAGAUUAGGAUUCGCCAUUUCAGCUUAUCACUUUCUUCUGAUGUUGAUUACAUGUGGGGUAUCAACCAGCAGAGAUUUCCGUGCUGGAGUGCACAAUGGAAUGUGGUUCUACAAAACCCUUUUGCUGUUAACAUUCUGUAUUGGAGCAUUCUUCAUCCCGGAUCCAAAUGAUUUAUUCAUAAACGUGUGGAUGUAUACAGCCAUGGCAGGUGCUGCCCUCUUCAUUGUGAUUCAGCUUCUGUUGCUGGUAUUUUUGUACCAUUCAUGGACAGAUAAGCUAAUGGCACGUGUAAACAAUGGAGGAUCUGCAUGUUGUUGGUAUGGAGUGGUAGCUGUGCCUGCAUCCAUCUUGGCAUACAGUGCAUGUGCCUGUUGUGUCAUUCUCCUGUACUAUUUCUUUGCAAUGGGAGAAGGAUGCAACCGAAACCACUGGUUUAUUAUCGUAAAUGCAGUAGCCUGCAUUUUGGCAUCAAUAAUUGCUGUUAUUAAAAAAGGACCAAAAGAUGUCCGUCUGAGACUUCUACAUUCUUCACUUGUCUCGAUGUAUGUCACAUACCUCACAUGGACAGCCAUAGGAAGUGCCCCACGCAAGUACCAGAAAACCACUGAUAAUGUCUGGAUUGGGCCUGGUUAUGAUAUCAACUCACGAAUAGUCUUACCUGAACAGGAAUAUUAUUGUGGUCCGAAUGAAGAUGAAGAGAGCUGGGGAGAUGAAGUCUUGCCUUAUGUAAGCUUGGUGAUAACAUUUGUAACUGUUAUGUAUUCUGCAAUUGGCUCAUCAACCCCAGAGAACUGUCAAGCCAUAGAAUUUCCCAGCUGCCCAACUAAGCAGAAUGUUCAGCGACACAAGGUAGAAGACAUCGGAGGUCAGAAGGUGGUUCGUAAUGAGGCUGAUGGCUUGGCUUAUAGCUACUCUCUCUUUCAUGUCAUGUUAGGACUAGCAAAUCUAUAUAUAAUGAUGAGUUUAACAGCUUGGUAUAUGCCUUCAUCUGCAACUCUGGUGACAUUCGGUCGUUCUUGGUCUGCUGUUUGGGUCAAAAUGAUUUCCUGUUGGGUAUGUCUUAUUAUAUUUGUAACAGUAACCAUCUUCCCUUCCAUGCUUCCUAGCAGCUCUGUUCGCAGUAACUCCAUAGGCAGUUUGAGGAAUGGUUAUCCGGGUAGUGGAUAUUUGGGUAGUUCACGCAGCCUGGAUGAUGAGGCAGCAGUACCUCUGUCACCUAGCAAACCAACUGUUACCAUCCAUCAGGAGACAACUGUGUGAGCAGAAACAGGAGGAAUGCCUUUAUUUAUUGUGUUACGUACUUUAAUUUAUUUGCUUGUUGUUCUAUGAUAAAUUUGUAUCUGUUGCAUUUUUUCUGUUUUGUAAUUUUCUUGUGAGUUGGUAAAAAUUUGAAUACUGAUAAAUGGAUAUUGCAUUUUCAAGUGAUCUGAGAUAAGGAAAAGUUCUUGAUACAUUUUAAUGACUCCUUUUUAUUGCCAUGGUUUAGUCCUCCUUAGAGUUUUAUAGAAGGCUAUGAGCCAUUGAGGUUCAGUACCUGUGUAAAAUUUCAGGUAUAAGAAAGAAAGACAGAACUGUACAGAAUCUCCAAAAGAUUAUUAUUAGAUCUGAACCGAAUUGAGUUUAUUCAGAUCUUAUGUUAUUGUAUUUUAUAAGUAACAGUACAGAGGAGAAGCCAUAUCAUCAGGUGUGCAUAAUUGCAGCCAUGCUGGAAAUUUAUGAGAAAAGUUACAUUAAGUUCGCUGGAAGUAAGUAAAUGUUACUUUUGCUUAUUGUAACUGAGACUAAUGUCAGCCAAAGAAAUGUUUCAGAUUAGCUUUAAGGAAGGAAGAGUAAGACUAAAAGUAUUCAGAAACUUAGACUAGAGGCCUUACUAAUUUAUGAUUGGUACUGAUCAUAAACUCUUCUAGGGAUGUCUCAGCAGAUUGUGAUUUUUUUUUUUUUUUUACUUUGAAGUGGUAUUUUAUUUGCCUGGUUUGAAAAGUACUUACUGCUUUUUUGUGUGAAUAGUAAGACAACCUGUUUGACAACAAGGUCACAAUAUUAUUUUAUGUAUUUGUUCAGCAAUUUUAUUAAUUCCAGUUGCAAGAG